AUGCAAUUUGAGAAAAGGCAUUCACAGGGUACCGUGAAGUCCGUUAAACGAGCAAAAGACCGACGGGAACAGAAAGGUCCAUUCGGAUGGAUCCUGCAGUUUUUACGAUCGGUCAGUACCUUCGUGUUGCUGUUCCUUGAGCAAGGUGCCGUCCAUGGAUUGGCACACUUGGGGAAACCGGUUCUGCACGCCACGGAAAAAUUGUUUUGGGUUGCAUUGAUCGUUGCCGCGCUGUACUUCUCCGUGGUGCUGAGCUUCGUCUCCUGGGACCGCUACCAGCACAAAGCCACGGUUGUGGCCAUCGAGAAGGAUCAUUACUACUGGAAUACGUCCAUGCCCAGCCUCACCAUUUGCCCCCUGAAGCGCAUCUAUCAGCCGUCCCUGCGCAGUUACUGCCUGUGAAACGAUCAAAUGGAGUUCUUCCGGUUUAUGGAGUCAUUGGCAAACUCGUCGUACUUUAAUUUUGAAAACAUCUAUCACAACGAACACGUAGACCGAGUGUUGGAGGUCCUGCAGCUACAGCCAGACAACUACAUGAAAACUAUAUACAACUUGACGCGCGAUCUGUCCCGGCUCGACGACACGGAACUGCGCGUUCGAACGCAGAGCAAUCUGGAAUAUCUGCGCACCCUGCAGACGCUUACAGAAUACGGAAUUUGCUACACCACCAACAGCUUAAUUUCGUCCAACCUAACCGCCAGCCUGCUGUUGGUCGGUCGACAGAAACCGCCGGACGCAUUCUACUCGACCCGCGUCGUGCACAACGUCCGGUUCGGGAACCUUUUCGACGGUGACAUCACGUACAGCUUCAUCGGAUUUGAGCCGCCCAUUUCGAUCUUCUACCACAGCCCCUACGAUACGCCCAACAUUGCCAACUUUCAGCCACUCAGCAACGACGCGCAGGAGUUUGAAACGUUUUCCAUUGAAAUCGUCACCACUAAGGACUUUAAGGCGGAAACGUCCAUCUCGCAACGAGGCUGCCGCUUCACGGACGAGUCCAACCUUACGCAUUACUCCAUCUACACGCAGGGCAUUUGCCAGCAGGAGUGUCGCAUCAAUUUGGCGUACAAAUUGUGUGGUUGCAUACCACACUUCUAUCCCAAUCCCGCCGGCCAGAACGCGAAACCCGUCUGCCACUACAAGCAGCUGAUACGGUGCUUUCCAAGGCACCAAAAAUUGUUCCUUGAGUUCAAACAGGACAACAACGACCAGAAGGGCAUUCCGUGCUACUGCGAGCAGAACUGUGUUGGUUCGAAGGUUAUCAUUGAAAAUCGCCAGGUUCUGAAGGAAACGCAAAAACUCAUCGGCAGCAUCGGUGGAUUGGUCGUUAUGAAGCGCUACCCUUUAGUACGCUUCAGCCGUCAACUGCUGUUUACCUUCACCGAUCUGCUGGUGUCCAUCGGAGGAACAGCUGGAUUUUUUCUCGGAUUCAGCGUGCUAGGAAUGGUGGAAAUUCUUUACUUCUUCACCCUGCGACUCGUGUGGUAUGUGGCCGGACGACGUUGA